CAUAUUUUAUAUGUUUAUACCAAGACGGUACAAGUACAGUGACGCUAGAACCACGUAAACACAUCAGUCGAGGACAUCAUGUUGAAGACUUGGGGUUAUUAUCAACUUGAAAAUCGAUUGCGUAACCUAAGGUGUUGGUCAUGUUCGAAUAAAUUUGAAGAUUAUUGCUACAUGAUUUUGAUUCCUUUGAAUAUUUUAUGGGAAAUCCAUCCUCUUUUUAUGGAAUUAAAGAACUUUAAGGCGGAAUCUGACAACUUUUUGUUUCACUUUGAUAUUAUUAAUGUUCAAAUUGUAGCUACAUGUGUAAAUGUAAUAUUUAUGGUUAAUUAUAAAAAUGUAAUGAAUUUAAUUCAUGCUGUUAGCGAUUUUAGUCAAUUUGAGAAACCGAUAAGAAUCAAAGUUUUGGAUAAAUUUUUAAGCAAAGUCCUUAAAUUUCUUCGUAUUAUCGUAUUUGUGUCAGUUACAUCAGCAUUAUAUGUCGUGAUUUUUGACAAAAAUUGUGUUAAAUAUCGAUUAGAUACAGAUUACACUUCUACGUGUAACUUAAUAAUGGAGUAUUAUGUACCGUUUAAAGUGAAUCGCUAUCAACAAGCAUUAAUGACAAUAUUUCAAUUAUUCUCCUUGACAAUUGCGGGAGAAGUUAUACUGAUUUACAUUGUAUUUAUAUAUUAUACUUUUGAAUUAUUAACUAUUCGUUUGGAAGACAUUACUAUGAAAAUUAACGACAUUAAGUUUGAUGGAGACAAAGAAAAAAGUUUUAAAAAAUUGCAACUUAUUAUAAUGUAUCAUCAACAUACUUUUCGGAUUUUCCAUAUGGCCACCCCGUUAAUUAAUAAAUUAAUUGUGGGGUACAGAUUUUGCAUUGUUAUUUCAAAUACUUUAUUGGUUGGAAAAAUUAUGUUAAAUCCUGAUAUCAGAAGUAUUGAAUUAUUUAUUAUUGGCAGUGGAGUUUUGUUAAUGCACCACACUGUUGGACAACGUAUCAUCAAUUACAGUUCAACUGUAAAGGAUGCAAUUUACAACACGAAUUGGUACGAUGCGGAUGUUGCAACUCAAAAAGAUAUUUUAACAUUUCUUUGUAUGCUUCAACAACCAUUUUAUAUAAGUUACAACAUGUUUGGAUCUCUGGGUUAUGCUGCAUUAACCAAUGUUAGAUUGUAAGAAAAUGUAUGCUUGUUUAAAUUCGAUGAUAAAAAUACUGAAUCGUUAAAUUUUACGAGAAAAAUCAACGAUGUUAUCAAAUAUAUGAAAAAUAUAAUAGUUUUGUGUUUCUAUGUAGAGGAAUAAUAAUGUUAA